AUGCCGCGGGUGGUCAAUCCUCCAACCAAGAGUCACCAUGGCCAUCGUGGGGCCGCUCGACAUGAAACCACUCCGCAUAAGAUUUCGACCAUGAAAUAUGUUAGAAUUCCACUCAACGACGAUGCAGGUGAAAAGGUUGCGCGACUGCAGUCCCGCCAGGCGCGUCACGAUAUGCAGAUGAACCAGAUCAAGGCGGCGGUAAAAACGCCCAUGCCUCCACGGAGAAUGAAUCAUGAUAGGGCCUCUGAUAGCCCCCGUACCCCUCGGCGGGCGUCCAUGCGAGGAAGAGACAGCGAUGUUGAUGCCCUUGGGAGAGCCGUGACCCCAAUGAAGCGUGUACCCAUUCUGGCGAAUUUUGAAGAAUGGAUGAAAAUGGCCACAGACAACAAAAUUAAUGCAACUAACUCGUGGAAUUUUGCGCUGAUCGACUAUUUCCAUGACAUGUCUUUACUGAAAGAAGGAGAUGGAGUGAAUUUUCAAAAAGCCAGCUGCACUCUCGAUGGGUGUGUUAAGAUCUAUACUAGUCGAGUGGACAGUGUUGCGACCGAAACAGGAAAGCUACUUAGUGGCCUGGCGGAAUCUAAUAACAAUAACAAAAGAGGACGGGACAGUAGAGAGGGGGGUGGUGAGGACGGCGAGGAGGAAGAAGAGGGCGGGGAGGAUGAUGUGGGGAGGAAAGCACGGAAGAAGGUUUCACGUUCCCACGAAGCUACCCUUGCGCCCUCAUUCGCUUCUUUGCAAUUAAAGAAGUUCGAGCUGGAAUUUGCCGUGGAUCCCUUAUUUAAAAAAGCCUCCGCAGAUUUUGACGAAGGGGGGGCUAAGGGUUUGCUUUUAAACCACCUAUCAGUCGAUGGGCGAGGUAGGAUUGUUUUUGAUAGUAGUGACGAUGUUGACGACGCUACCGCUGAAAGAGAAGACAAUGCAGAAGCAGCAGAGGCAGCAGAGGCAGAUGGCUCAUCAUCACAGACUCCAAGACCACAGACUGCUAACUCUGUGGACGAGACCGUUGACAUUGAUUUAUCAUCUUUAGCGAGCAAAUAUUUUCCGGACCUAGAUAUUCUUGUCGAGCAAGACAUCUGCCCAUCGCUCAAGAACCUUGAUUUUGGAGAUGAAAAUGGAACGCUAGACGUUCCUUUUCUGCGUGCACCAGAAGAUUGGCGUCAAGAAACUCAGCAACCCGACCAGCCGCUAAGGGAAGCCUCGGGAAUAAUGCUCGAUGAUGAUAUCGCUAUUGGUUUUGACGAUGACGAUGCCACCGUCUCCGGAUUUGACAUCGGUGACCAUGCUGGAUUUGGUGAAGGCGGUGAAGUCUGGGCGCGAGAAGCCGCACUCGAACCUAUGCUCCAGGUGCAUCAUAUAGAAACGGGCGAUGGCCAUCAAAACAGUAUGGCUGAUGCGUUUGAAUCUACCGAAGUAGAUCCAUAUAAGAUUUCAUUAUCACAUCAGUCUGCAAAUCAUGAUCACGAAAAUAUUCUAAGUUAUUUCGAUAAUGCUCUGCGCAAAGAUUGGGCCGGCCCAGAGCAUUGGAAAAUUCGAAGGAUAAAGGAUACAACCGCAGCAUCAACAUCUAAUGCUCCCCCACGCCAGAGGAAGGAAAAGGAACCGUUUGAGAUAAAUUUUUCUUCUCCGCUAAACCCCGCUAUUGCAGAAAUGAUUUAUACACAAACCAGUUCGAAUUCCGCAAUUUCGCUGCCGAAAACGCAAUGGAAGACUAAAGGUCGGAAUCUCCUGCCUGACGACAAGCAUUUCAACUCCCGACAGCUGUUGCGUCUAUUUUUGAAGCCAAAAGCACGAAUGGGCCUCCACUCUCGCGGUAACAAUAAACAACUUGGUAAUCGUAACCAGCAAGGAUUCCCAGCCAUCAAUGGUGAUAUAGAUGAAGCAUUUUGGGCAUCACAGAAGCCAGGUAUGGGUGAAGCUGGCGCAGAAACCGUCGCGGCUGGUGCUUACGACGCUAAUUUUUUUGCGGAUGAUGAUGGCCUUCCAUUCCCUCACGGGCUACCAAUGGGGGAUGACGACGAUGAUAACUUGCCCUUUGCAGAUGCCCGGGAAGCAUUCUCCCCUACCAUUGAUCCUAAUGCACCGCAGGGAAGUGUCAGUGAACCAGGGGCGCUUUCAGGGCUGAAUGCUAUUUUAAGCAACGUGGCCACUCCUGGUACUGCUCUGGGAGGAGGGUUUGGCUCCCAGCUUGUAACUCAAGGUGGUCGGCGGGUACGACCAGACUACGUUGCUUAUGCCCGCGUAGCGAAGAAAGUUGAUGUGCGACGGUUGAAGGAGGUGAUGUGGAAAGGAAUGGGUGAUCAGUUGAUUGCCUCUUCCUCCUUUAGUUCGGGUUCUCCCUCAGCAGCAGUAACUGCCCCUCCUCCCGCGCCUAUAUCACUACCAAAGGGCCCAGACGAAGAUCCUAACGCACAAUCUACGGACCAAGUCGACACUGAGACAUCAAAAGAUCUAGACAGCAGGCUGCGUUUCACCGAUAUCAUGAAAGGCCUUCAGGGAUCCUAUCCAGAGCAAGCAAUGCGCGAUAUUAGCACAUCUUACUGUUUCAUAUGCUUACUCCAUUUGGCAAAUGAAAAGGGAUUAGUACUUGAGAAUACACAAGGCAAUGAAGGAAGUUGGGAUAGUAGGCUGGAGGAGAUCUUUGUGACCAAAGAUGCGGGUGCCGUUAUCGAGGGUGAUGCAUGA